AUGGUCCGGGAAACCAGGCACCUCUGGGUGGGCAACUUACCGGAGAAUGUGCGGGAAGAGAAGAUCAUCGAGCAUUUCAAACGAUAUGGCCGUGUGGAAAGUGUCAAAAUUCUCCCCAAGAGGGGAUCUGAAGGAGGAGUGGCUGCCUUUGUGGAUUUUGUGGACAUCAAAAGUGCACAGAAAGCUCACAACUCAGUCAACAAAAUGGGAGAUAGAGACCUACGCACGGAUUAUAAUGAACCAGGCACCAUUCCGAGUGCUGCUCGGGGAUUGGAUGAUACAGUUUCCAUAGCAUCUCGUAGUAGAGAGGUUUCUGGGUUCAGAGGAGGUGGUGGAGGGCCUGCUUAUGGCCCCCCACCAUCACUUCAUGCACGAGAAGGACGUUAUGAGCGGAGACUUGAUGGGGCUUCAGAUAACAGGGAGCGUGCUUAUGAACAUAGUGCCUAUGGACACCAUGAACGGGGGACGGGAGGAUUUGAUCGGACAAGACAUUACGAUCAGGAUUACUAUAGAGAUCCUCGCGAGCGGACUUUACAACAUGGGCUCUAUUAUACUUCUCGGAGUCGAAGUCCAAACCGUUUUGAUGCUCAUGACCCCCGAUACGAACCUAGGGCUCGGGAGCAGUUUACACUGCCCAGUGUGGUACACAGGGAUAUCUACAGGGAUGAUAUUACCCGGGAGGUACGAGGCAGAAGGCCAGAGCGGAAUUACCAGCACAGCAGGAGUCGGUCACCACAUUCAUCACAGUCUAGAAAUCAGUCUCCUCAGAGACUGGCUAGCCAAGCGUCUAGACCUACCAGGUCCCCUAGCGGCAGCGGCUCUAGGAGUAGAUCCUCCAGUAGUGACUCAAUCAGCAGCAGCAGUAGUACCAGCAGUGACAGCACUGAUUCCAGCAGUAGUUCAAGUGACGACUCUCCCGCCCGAUCGGUUCAGUCAGCAGCUGUCCCAGCACCUACUUCCCAGUUGCUUUCAUCCCUGGAAAAAGAUGAGCCACGUAAAAGUUUUGGGAUCAAGGUUCAGAAUCUUCCAGUACGCUCUACAGAUACAAGCCUUAAAGAUGGCCUUUUCCAUGAAUUUAAGAAAUUUGGAAAGGUGACUUCAGUGCAGAUCCAUGGAGCUUCAGAAGAGAGGUAUGGUCUGGUAUUCUUUCGGCAGCAAGAGGACCAAGAAAAAGCACUGACUGCAUCAAAAGGAAAACUUUUCUUUGGCAUGCAGAUUGAAGUAACAGCAUGGAUAGGGCCAGAAACGGAAAGUGAAAAUGAAUUUCGUCCUUUGGAUGAAAGGAUAGAUGAAUUUCACCCCAAAGCAACAAGAACCCUCUUCAUUGGCAACCUUGAAAAAACCACUACUUACCAUGACCUUCGCAACAUCUUCCAGCGCUUUGGAGAAAUUGUGGAUAUUGAUAUUAAGAAAGUAAAUGGAGUUCCUCAGUAUGCAUUCUUGCAGUACUGUGAUAUUGCCAGUGUUUGUAAGGCUAUUAAGAAGAUGGAUGGGGAGUACCUUGGAAAUAACCGCCUCAAGCUGGGUUUUGGAAAAAGCAUGCCUACAAACUGCGUGUGGUUAGAUGGGCUUUCUUCAAACGUGUCUGAUCAGUAUUUAACACGACAUUUCUGCCGAUAUGGGCCUGUGGUAAAGGUGGUGUUUGACCGCUUAAAAGGCAUGGCCCUGGUUCUCUACAAUGAAAUUGAAUAUGCACAAGCAGCUGUAAAAGAGACCAAGGGGAGGAAAAUCGGUGGGAAUAAAAUUAAGGUGGACUUUGCAAAUCGGGAAAGUCAGCUGGCAUUUUAUCACUGUAUGGAAAAAUCUGGUCAAGAUAUUAGAGACUUUUAUGAAAUGUUAGCAGAAAGAAGAGAGGAACGGAGAGGGUCUUACGACUAUAGCCAAGAUCGUACAUACUACGAGAAUGUUCGUACUCCGGGCACAUAUCCUGAGGAUUCCAGACGGGACUAUCCAGCCCGAGGGAGGGAAUUUUAUUCAGAAUGGGAAACCUACCAAGGAGACUACUAUGAAUCACGAUACUAUGACGAUCCUCGAGAAUACAGGGAUUACAGAAAUGACCCUUACGAACAGGAUAUCCGGGAGUACAGUUACAGGCAAAGGGAACGAGAGAGAGAGCGUGAAAGGUUUGAGGCUGAGCGGGACAGAGACCACGAGAGGAGGCCGGUUGAGCGCAGUCAGAGUCCGGCGCACGCGCGACGCCCGCAGAGUCCUGGAGCGUCCCCCUCACAGUCGGAGCGGUUGCCAAGCGAUUCUGAAAGGAGGAUUUACAGCCGAUCCUCAGACCGGAGUGGGAGCUGUAGCUCACUUUCCCCUCCAAGAUACGAUAAACUUGACAAAUCUCGUCUGGAACGCUAUGCUAAAAAUGAAAAGACAGAUAAAGAAAGGACUUUCGAUCCUGAGAGAGUGGAAAGAGAGAGACGCUUAAUAAGGAAGGAAAAAGUGGAAAAGGACAAAACUGAAAAGCAGAAACGAAAAGGAAAAGUUCAUUCCCCUAGUUCUCAGUCUUCAGAGACAGACCAAGAAAAUGAGAAAGAACAGAGCCCUGAAAAAUCAAGGAGUUCUAAUAAAUUGAGCAGAGAGAAAGCUGACAAAGAAGGAGUAGCAAAAAACCGCCUGGAGCUCAUGCCCUGUGUGGUUUUGACUCGAGUGAAAGAGAAAGAGGGGAAAGUUAUUGACCACACUUCUUUGGAAAAGCUGAAAGCCAGGCUUGAUAAUGACAAUGCCAAGUCUUCUGCCCUAGAUCAGAAACUUCAGGUCUGUCAAACGGAGCCUACGAAGUCUGACUUGUCUAAACUGGAAUCUGUUAGAAUGAAAGUGCCAAAGGAAAAGGGACUGUCUAGCCACAUCGAAGUGGUAGAUAAGGAAGGUAGGCUUAAGCCCAGGAAGCACCUAAAACCAGAGCAGACUGCUGACGGGGUCAGCGCUGUAGAUUUGGAGAAACUGGAAGCGAGGAAGAGGCGUUUUGCAGAUUCCAAUCUGAAAGCAGAAAGGCAAAAAUCAGAAGUCAAGAAAAGUAGUCCAGAGUUGGAGGACGCUCGGGUCCUUUUAAAAAAGCAGCCUGACCUAUCGUCUAGAGAUGUCGUUCUUCUGAGGGAAGGAGAGUCAGAAAGAAAGCCUGUGAGGAAAGAAACCCUUAAACGAGAAUCUAAAAAAAUCAAACUAGACAGACUUAAUGCUGUUCCCAGCCCCAAAGACUGUCAGGAGCUUGCCAGUGUUUCUGUUGGGACUGGCUCAAGGCCCAACUCAGACCUGCAAGCGAGGCUGGGAGAACUAGUAUGCGAAUCUGUGGAAAAUCAAGAAACCCAGUCAAAAAAACCCAUUCCCUCAAAACCACAGCUCAAACAGCUGCAGUUAUUAGAUGAUCAAGGACCAGAGAGAGAAGAUAUUAGGAAAAACUAUUGCAGUCUUCGUGAUGAGACACUUGAAUGUAAAUCAAGCCAAGAGAAACCGCAUUCAGUAAAUACUGAAGAAAAAAUUGGCAUUGAUAUUGAUCACACGCAGAGUUACCGAAAACAAAUGGAGCAGAGCCGUAGAAAACAGCAGAUGGAGAUGGAAAUUGCCAAGUCUGAGAAGUUUGGCAGUCCUAAAAAAGAUGUAGAUGAAUAUGAAAGACGGAGUCUGGUUCACGAGGUAGGCAAACCCCCCCAAGAUGUCACUGAUGACUCUCCUCCCAGCAAAAAGAAAAGGAUGGACCACAUUGAUUUUGAUACCUGCACCAAGAGAGAGAGGAAUUACAGAAGUUCACGCCAAAUCAGUGAAGACUCCGAAAGGACUGGUGGCUCUCCCAGUAUCCGGCAUGGUUCCUUCCAUGAGGAAGACGACCCUGUGGGCUCCCCUAGGCUCUUGUCAGUAAAAGGGUCUCCUAAGGCAGAUGAAAAAGGUCUCCCCUAUUCUAACGUAACAGUCAGAGAAGAGUCCUUAAAGUUUAAUCCUUAUGAUUCUAGCAGGAGAGAACAGAUGGCAGACAUGGCCAAAAUAAAGCUCUCUGUCUUGAAUUCUGAAGAUGAACUAAAUCGGUGGGAUUCUCAAAUGAAACAAGAUGCCAGCAGAUUUGACGUGAGUUUCCCAAACAGCAUAAUUAAGAGAGAGAGCCUUCGAAAGAGGUCUGUACGUGACUUGGAACCUGGUGAGGUGCCUUCUGAUUCUGAUGAAGAUGGUGAACACAAGUCCCACUCACCCAGAGCCUCUGCUUUAUAUGAGAGUUCUCGGCUGUCUUUUUUAUUGAGGGACAGAGAAGACAAACUACGUGAGCGAGAUGAAAGACUCUCCAGUUCUUUAGAAAGGAACAAAUUUUAUUCUUUUGCAUUGGAUAAGACAAUCACACCAGACACCAAGGCUUUGCUUGAAAGAGCUAAAUCACUCUCUUCAUCUCGAGAAGAAAAUUGGUCUUUCCUUGACUGGGACUCCCGUUUUGCUAAUUUUCGAAACAACAAAGAUAAAGAAAAGGUUGACUCUGCUCCAAGACCUAUUCCAUCCUGGUACAUGAAAAAGAAGAAAAUUCGGACUGAUUCAGAAGGAAAAAUGGAUGAUAAAAAAGAUGAUCAUAAAGAAGAAGAACAGGAAAGACAAGAGUUGUUUGCAUCUCGUUUUUUACACAGUUCAAUCUUUGAACAAGAUUCCAAGCGAUUGCAGCAUCUAGAGAGAAAAGAUGAAGAACCAGACUUCAUUUCUGGUAGGUUGUAUGGGCGGCAGACAUCUGAUGGAGCAAACAGCACAGCCGAUUUGAUUCAAGAGCCAGUAGUUCUUUUUCAUAGCAGAUUUAUGGAACUCACACGAAUGCAACAGAAAGAAAAGGAAAAAGACCAAAAACCCAAAGAGGCUGAGAAACAGGAAGAUACCGAGGAUCCUCCUGAGACCCCAGAAUCUGCUUCUGAGAGUAAAGAGUCAGAACUGAAGACUCCCCCUCCGAUUGGGCCUCCUGCUGUCACAGCUGUAGCUCCAGAGUCCGCGUCGUCGGCACUGGAGAAGACAGCCAGCGACAGGGCCGGGGAGGUGCCCCUGGUGACAGAAGAGAAGCCCAGGGAGCCGGCCUCUGCCUCUGCCUCUGCCUCCGCCUCCGCCUCCGCCUCCGCCUCCGCCUCCGAAGAAGCGAAGCCUGUGUCUGAGCAGGCUGCUACUGCUGUGCAGCAAGCCCAACAGGCCGACCUGCCCUCAGGAGUGGACCCCAGUAAAGAUGCUGCUGGGGCUCCGUUGGUUGUGGAAGAGGACUCAUCAGCUGACCAGCUGCCUUAUCUGGACACCAAGCCUCCAACUCCCGGGGCCUCAUUUUCCCAGGUAGAGGUCACCACAGAUCCAGAACCUGGUGGUACCCAACCACUUUCAAAACCAACUCAGAAGCCUGAGGAGGCUGAUGAGCCAAAAGUGGAAAAGCCAAACUCAGCUGCUAAUGUUGAGCCUAGUGCAAAUCAGAAAGCUGAAGUUGUCCCUGAGGUCCAGCCUCAAGCUUCUGAAGACACUGAGGUUGAUCCUCCAGUUGCUACGAAAGAGAAAAAGCCAAACAAAAGCAAGCGUUCCAAGACCCCCAAUCAGGCCGCCACAGCAAGUACCGUGGAGAAGCCUGUCACCAGGAAGAGCGAGCGCAUAGACCGGGAGAAGCUCAAGCGGUCCAGUUCUCCUCGGGGAGAAGCACAGAAGCUUUUAGAGUUGAAGAUGGAGGCAGAGAAGAUUACAAGGACCGCCUCUAAAAACUCAGCCGCAGACCCAGAACUCCCUGAACCAAGUCUGCCCCUCAGCCGAACAAGGCGCCGGAAUGUGAGGAGUGUCUAUGCAACCAUGGGUGACCACGAGAGCCGCUCUCCCGUCAAGGAGCCUGUGGAGCAGCCACGAGUGACCAGGAAGAGACUGGAGCGAGAGCUGCAGGAGGCCGCGGCGGUCCCCACGACCCCAAGGAGGGGGAGGCCUCCGAAAACCCGCCGUCGGGCUGAAGAAGAUGAGGAGACCGAGGUGAAAGAACCAGUUGAGACACUCAAACCAGCCGAGGGAUGGAGGUCCCCACGAGCCCAAAAAUCAGGAGCUGCUGGUGGCCCACAAGGGAAAAGGGGGAAAAAUGAGCCAAAAGUAGAUGCUGAACGUCUGGAAGCAGCCGCUGAGGUGAGUCCGCAAGGAAGCGUGAAAGAAAAUAACACAAAAUCCAAGGCUGAUAAAGAAGAAGCAGGAAAUGAACAAAAACGUGACAAAAAAGAAAUGAGCACAGACAAAAAUGCACCAGAAGACCCUGCAGUCGAAGUGGUGGAGAAGAAAACAGCCCCUGAAAAAAACUCCAAGUCAAAGAGAGGAAGAUCUCGAAACUCUAGGUCAACAGUGGACAAAUCUGCAAAUCUGAAAAAUGUGGAUACCAGUGUCAGUCCGAGUGUGGGGACGGGCGCCGGGGGCCUGGCGGUGGAGAAGGAAGUGGAGGUGGUGGCCGGCCCCGCCGAGAAGAGCGAGAGUCCCCAGAAGGAAGGGAGUUUAUCAUCCCAGUUGAACAGUGAUCCAGCCCCUCCGGACAAGGAAGUGGAGGAGAAGGAAGAUGUGUCUGCCUCUGAGCCGUCCCCAGAAGCCAAUCAGUUAGCCAAGCAGAUGGAGCUGGAGCAGGCUGUGGAGAACAUCGCAAAGCUCACUGAAGCCUCCUCCGCAGCCUUCAAGGCGGCGGCCACAGAUGCACCAGACGGCCUCUCCACCGAGGACGGAGACAAGCCGGCACACCAAGCAAGUGAAACAGAACUGGCUGCAGCCAUUGGCUCCAUCAUCAACGACAUUUCUGGGGAGGCAGAAAAUUUCCCAGCAGCAGCACCUUACCCCGCCGAAUCCCAGACAGAUCCACAGGCCCGCUCUCAGGCUCCGCAGCCCCCUGGGGAGGGCAUGGAGCCUGAGACCAAUGAGGCCGUGUCUGGCAUCUUGGAGACCGAAGCUGCUACAGAAUCUUCUGGGCCACCAGCCAGUGCCCCUGACCCCUCAGCAGACCCAGCGGAUACCAAGGAAGCUGGGGGGAACAGCAGCGGAACCUCCCAGCCAGUGCCAGAAGCCAAAGGGUCAAAAGAAGCAGAAGUCACUCUUGCUCGGAAAGAGAAAGGCCGCCAGAAGUCAAGUCGGUCACGUCGUAAACGGAAUACAAAUAAGAAACCGGGGGGCACUGCAGAGACCCACAUCCCUGAACCUGACCAAGUUCAAUGCAAGAGUCCUGCUACAGAUGAGGGGACGGCAGUGCCACCCCCAGAAACUCCACAGGAAGAGCAGCAGAGAGAAAAGCCGCAGUCCACUCCGUCUGAGUCCUGUGCUUUGGACCCAAGCAAGACUCCAUCCGUUGAGAAUCUGCCCCAAGAAAGCAGCGUUGAAGAGAAGACUCCCACGAGAGUGUCUGCGCUCCCAGACCUUCCCCCUCCCUCCCAGCCAGCACCAGUGGAGGAUGAACCUCAAGCCAGAUUCAAGGUGCAUUCCAUCAUUGAAAGUGACCCCGUGACCCCGCCCAGUGACUCAAGCACCCCCACGCCCACAAUCCCUUCGGUAACUGCAGCAAAGCUCCCACCCCCUGUUGCCUCUGGGGGGGCCCCACACCAGAGCCCCCCUACCAAGGUCACCGAGUGGAUCACCAGGCAGGAGGAGCCUCGGGCUCAGUCCACCCCAUCUCCAGCUCUUCCCCCAGACACGAAAGCUUCCGACAUUGACACCAGCUCCAGUACACUGAGGAAGAUCCUCAUGGACCCCAAAUACGUCUCCGCCACUGGCAUCACUUCCACCAGUGUCACGGCCGCCAUCGCGGAGCCUGUGAGCGCUGCCCCUUGCCUGCAUGAGGCACCGCCCCUGCCUCCAGUUGAGCCCAAAAAGCCACCUUUAGAAGAGAAACCAGCAGCUCCAGCACCCAACACCUCUGACACACAGGCCCCAGAGGUUCCAGUAGCCGCGGAAAAGGAAAAGGUGGCUCCAGUCAUUGCUCCCAAAAUUACUUCUGUGAUUAGCCGGAUGCCCGUGAGCAUCGAUUUGGAGAACUCGCAAAAGAUAACUCUGGCAAAACCAGCUCCUCAAACCCUGACAGGCCUGGUGAGUGCUCUGACGGGCCUGGUGAACGUCUCCUUGGUCCCCGUGAACGCCCUGACCGGCCCCGUGAACGCCCUGAAGGGCCCCGUGAAGGGCUCAGUGGCCACUCUGAAAGGCCUGGUGAACACUCCUGCCGGCCCUGUGAACGUCCUCAAGGGGCCAGUGAAUGUUCUCACGGGGCCAGUGAAUGUGCUCACCGCUCCGGUGAACGCCGCCACGGGCACGGUGAACGCCGCCGUGGGCACGGUGAACGCCACCGCGGGUGCCAUGAAUGCGGGCGCAGUGACCGUCACAGCGGGUGCAGUGACUGCCGCAUCUGGCAGCGCGACCGCCACCAGCACGGGCGCGGUGACGGUGGCAGGUGCGGUGAUGACACCAUCGGCAAAGUGCAAGCCCAGACCCAGCACCAACGAGAACAGUCGGUUCCACCCAGGGUCUAUGUCUGUGAUCGACGAUCGCCCGGCAGACACGGGCUCUGGCGCCGGGCUGCGUGUGAACACGUCUGAAGGGGUCGUGCUCCUGAGCUACUCGGGGCAGAAGACGGAAGGCCCACAGCGGAUCAGCGCCAAGAUCAGCCAGAUCCCCCCGGCCAGUGCCAUGGACAUCGAAUUCCAACAGUCGGUGUCCAAGUCCCAGGUCAAGCCUGAUUCUGUGGCCCCGUCACAGCCUUCGCCCAAGGGCCCCCAGGCUCCUUCGGGCUUUGCCAACGUGGCCACUCAUUCGACUCUGGUACUGACUGCCCAGACGUAUAACGCAUCUCCCGUGAUUUCAUCCGUGAAGGCUGACCGUCCGUCCUUGGAGAAGCCCGAGCCCAUCCACCUCUCCGUGUCCGCACCUGUCACCCAGGGUGGCACGGUGAAGGUUCUCACCCAGGGCAUAAACACGCCCCCAGUGCUGGUUCACAACCAGCUGGUCCUCACCCCAAGCAUCGUCACCACUAAUAAAAAGCUUGCUGACCCCGUCACCCUCAAAAUAGAGACCAAGGUCCUCCAGCCAGCGAAUCUGGGGUCUGCUCUCAAUCCCCACCACCCUCCUGCUCUGCCCAGCAAACUGCCUGCAGAAGUGAACCACGUCGCCUCAGGGCCCAGCACCCCGACAGAUCGAACGGUCUCCCAUUUGGCAGCCACAAAGCCAGAUGCACAUUCUCCUCGACCCAGUGGGCCCACUCCGUCCCCGUUCCCGAGAGCGUGCCACCCCAACAGCACCACGUCCACCGCUCUCUCCACUAACGCCACGGUCAUGCUGGCAGCAGGCAUCCCUGUGCCUCAGUUCAUCUCCAGCAUACACCCGGAGCAGUCUGUCAUCAUGCCGCCCCACAGCAUCACCCAGACUGUGUCCCUUAGCCACUUGUCCCAGGGCGAGGUGAGAAUGAACACGCCCACGCUGCCCAGCAUCACCUACAGCAUCCGGCCGGAGACCCUUCACUCUCCGCGGGCCCCUCUGCAGCCCCAGCAGAUAGAGGUCAGGGCCCCACAGCGUGCGGGCACACCCCAGCCGGCCGCAGCUGGUGUGCCGGCCCUGGCCCCCCAGCACCCUCCGGAGGAAGAAGUGCAUUAUCACCUCCCUGUUGCUCGGGCUGCGGCCCCCGUGCAGUCAGAAGUGCUGGUCAUGCAGUCCGAGUACCGGCUGCACCCGUACACCGUGCCCCGGGACGUGAGGAUCAUGGUGCAUCCACACGUGACGGCGGUCAGCGAGCAGCCCCGGGCAGCAGAUGGGGUGGUGAAGGGGCCGCCGGCCAGCAAGGUCCCGCAGCAGCCUGGGAAAGACGCGGCCAAGGCGGCGGAAGCCAAAGCGGCGCCGGCCCCUGCGUCCCACGGGGAGGCCCGCAUCCUCACGGUCACCCCCAGCAACCAGCUGCAGGGGCUGCCUCUGACCCCACCUGUGGUGGUGACGCAUGGCGUGCAGAUCGUGCACUCCAGCGGGGAGCUCUUCCAGGAGUACAGAUACGGAGACAUCCGCACCUACCACGGCCCCGCUCAGCUCGCGCACACCCAGUUUCCGGCUGCCGCCUCCAUCGGUCUACCUCCUCGGACCAAGGCUGCUGCUCAGGGCCCAGCUCCUGAAGGUGAGCCCUUGCAGCCCACUCAGCCUGCACAGUCUACACAGCCUGCCCAACCCGUGCAGUCCGCACAGCCUGCGCAGCCCACGCAGCCCUCCCAGCCAGGCCAGCCACCAAGCAGCAAGAUGCCUCAGGUCUCCCAGGAGGCAAAGGGAACCCAGACAGGAGUAGAACAGCCUCGCCUCCCAACCGUACCUGCAGCCAGGCCAGCUGAGCCUCAUGCCCAGGUUCAGAGGGCGCAGGCAGAAACCGGCCAGACCUCCUACCCCUCCCCCGUGUCCGUCUCCAUGAAGCCUGACCUCCCUGCCCCUCUCCCUGCUCAGGCUGCCCCAAAGCAGCCAUUGUUUGUCCCCACAACCUCAAGCCCCAGCACCCCUCCAGGACUGGCUCUGACGCACACCGAAGCCCAGCCCGCUCCCAAACCAGAUUCUUCUCCACACUUGACUUCCCAGAGGCCUGUGGAUAUGGUCCAGCUUCUGAAGAAGUACCCCAUCGUGUGGCAGGGCCUGCUGGCCCUCAAGAACGACACAGCUGCCGUGCAGCUCCACUUUGUCUCUGGCAACAAUGUCCUGGCCCAUCGGUCUCUGCCCCUCUCUGAAGGAGGCCCCCCGCUGAGGAUCGCCCAGAGGAUGCGGCUAGAGGCCUCACAGCUGGAAGGGGUUGCCCGAAGGAUGACGGUGGAGACGGAUUACUGUCUGCUGCUGGCUCUGCCCUGCGGCCGUGACCAGGAGGAUGUCGUGAGCCAGACCGAGUCCCUCAAGGCGGCCUUCAUCACCUAUCUGCAGGCCAAGCAGGCGGCAGGGAUCAUCAACGUUCCCAACCCUGGCUCCAAUCAGCCCGCCUAUGUGCUGCAGAUCUUCCCGCCCUGCGAGUUCUCGGAGAGCCACCUGUCCCGUCUGGCCCCCGACCUCCUUGCCAGCGUCUCCAACAUUUCUCCCCACCUCAUGAUUGUCAUCGCCUCCGUGUGAGCCACUGAUGGCCGCCACUCGGUGUAUUCCCCGAGGCUCUGCAGCAGAAAGUAAACCCAGGACCCCCCCAGUCACGCGGAGGAAGCAGCUGCUGAAGGGGACAUCCUCCACUGCCAGCCGCCAGCCUCACCCUCGAGCCCGCUCCCCCCCCCAGGCUCAGCGGGGCAGACCCCUCUGGGCAGUGGUGCUGCUACCUGUGUGUUUACAUGACAUUUAGCCCGAGGACAGACCACCACCCG